AUGGCACAAUUAUCAUCACAGGGAAAUAAUGCUAUUAUUUAUUUAUCUUAUGCAUUUAUGUUAGCUACAGGCUUGUUCUUGGCUUGGAAGUUUUCUUCAAACAAAGAUUUCCUAUCAUCCAAUGGAACACAGCGAGGGAUCCCUUUGGCAUUGAAUUUCAUUGCAUCAGCUAUGGGGGUUGGUAUCAUUACAACAUAUGCUCAGAUUGCUAAUAUAGCAGGGUUGCAUGGGUUGCUAGUUUACACCAUAUGUGGUGCUAUUCCUAUUGUGGGAUUUGCAUUGGUUGGCCCAAUAAUUCGUCGUAAAUGCCCGGAUGGUUUUAUUUUGACAGAAUGGGUAAGACACAGAUUUGGAAUGGUUACAGCAUUGUACUUGUCUGCUUUUACUUGUUUGACAAUGUUUUUAUUUAUGGUGGGUGAGUUAUCUGCCCUCAGAUCGGCAGUAGAAACUUUGACUGGGUUGAAUGCCUUGGGUGCUGUUAUUGUCGAAUGUGUGGUGACAACUAUCUACACAUUUUUUGGUGGGUUCCGUGUCAGUUUUAUAACCGAUAACUUCCAAGGUGUUUGUGUAUUACUUUUAUUGAUUAUUUGUGCUGCAGGAAUGGGUAGCUACAUUGAAAUUGAUACUUCUAAGAUUGGACCCAGUGGGUUGUUGAAAGCUAACAAGUUGGGGUGGCAGUUGAUCUACAUUUUGUUUGUUGCCAUUGUGACGAACGAUUGUUUUAUGUCUGGGUUUUGGUUGAGAACUUUUGCCAGUAAGACCGAUAAAGACUUAUGGAUCGGAACCUCCAUCGCAGCGUUUGUUACUUUUGCCAUUUGCACAUUGAUUGGUACUACUGGGUUUCUUGCUGUUUGGUCUGGUGAUUUGACUGUAGGUGAUGAAAAUGGAUACGAUGCAUUUUUUAUCCUUUUAAGCAAGAUGCCAAGAUGGUUGGUGGCAUUUGUGUUAAUCUUUUGCAUAGUGUUAUCGACAUGUACGUUUGAUUCUUUACAAUCGGCAAUGGUCUCGACCAUUUCCAAUGAUGUAUUUAGAAACAAAUUACAUAUCAACUAUGUGAGAAUAAUGUUGGUUUUAAUCAUGGUUCCAAUUGUUGUGUUGGCUGUGAAAGUUGCCAAUAAUAUUUUGCAGAUUUAUUUAAUUGCUGAUCUUGUUUCCGCUGCCAUAAUUCCAUCUGUAUUUUUGGGAUUAGCUGAUAGUUGGUUCUGGUACUUGAGAGGAUUUGAUGUUAUGGCUGGUGGAUUGGGAGCAUUGGUUGGCGUGUUUAUUUUUGGUACGGUUUAUUAUCACAGUGCUCGAGAAGGGGGUAAAUUGUUAUUAAUUUGGAAUGGCCUUUAUGACCCAAGUGACUGGGGGGCAUUUGGUGCCUUUGUUAUUGCUCCUGUUGGUGGGGUGGUUAUCACAUUGGCUUCAGCUGCUUUAAGAAUUGCAGUAUUGUAUGCUUACAGUAAGGUUACAGGAGGUGAAUUUACAGCAUUGGAUAAACCUAUUGCAGUUGAAGUUGACAAUGAAGAUCAAAAGUAUGGGUCCAUCGACGAUGAUGAUGACGAAUCAGAUACCAAAAAAGUGGUCUAA